AUGUACAUUCAUGUGACGAGGCACGUAAGAUCGUUACGCGCUGUAGUAACGUCACUAAUGAGCUUUCGUUCCGUCGACCGUAACGAUGCGAAAUCUGCCACGCUCCCCGGUCUAACGCAACUGCUGCGUCCGCGGAAUACAGAGUUGUUCCCAGCGCCCCCAUCCAUCUGCGUCCGCCGCGGUGAAAGUGCCCCCUGGCUCGCUACGCCCGUGGAC